CGCCGGGGGACAGCGGGGACACCGGGAGGGGUGGCAGCGGGACCCCGGGAUGGCACUGGGGACACCGAGAUGGGGGCAUCAGGAUGGGUGGUGUGAUGGACACUGGAAUGGAUGGCCUUAGGGACAUCGAGAUGGCAUCAGGGACACCAGGAUGGCAUCGGGGAUAUCAGGAUGGGUGGUGUCAUGGACACUGGAAUGCAAGGCAUCAGGGACACUGGGAUGGCCUCAGGGGCACCGGGAUGGCAUCAGGGACAUCAGGAUGGCAUCAGGGACAUCAGGAUGGGUGGUGUAGUGGACACCAGCAUGGAUGGCCUUAAGGACACUGGGAUGGCCUCAGGGAUACCGGGAUCAGGGACAAUGACUCCCCCCCCCCCCCCCCGGCUCUGGUGGUGGCACAGCCGGGUGUGAGGCUGUCACGGUGUCACACGCACCCGAAGCGUGGCUGUGCAUCCUGGCACCCGCGGUGGGUGCCCCGGGCAAUGCCCGGCCUGGCGGGGGGCCCUGCUGCCUGUCCCCGGCGCUGUCCCCUCCUGGCCGGUGACAGGGUGCGCGUGGCUGAUGUCACCCGCCCCCCUCCCUCCCUGUUUCCUCUUUCACUCGAGCCCUCCCGGCAGCUCCAGCCGUGGGAGCCCCGAGGAGGACAAGGAGGAAAGUCCCGGCUCGGGGGUCGCAGGGGGUGGCCGGGACCUGCCGGGGUUCCCCGUGGGGCUGGGGGUGCCCGGGGUGUGCCCGGGGUGUCCCCCCUGUCCCCGGGGGAGGAUGCUGGCGGCGGUGCUGAGGAAGAGCCGCGUCCUGAGCGCUGGAGCCAAGUGCUGCGAGUGCGGGGCCUCCCUGUCCCACCAGUACUACGAGAAGGAUGGGCGGCUGUACUGCAAGAAGGAUUACUGGGCACGCUUUGGGGAGCUGUGCCACGGCUGCUCCGAGCACAUCACCAAGGGGCUGGUCAUGGUGGCUGGGGAGCAGAAGUACCACCCCGAGUGCUUCAGCUGCCUCAACUGCCGCACGUUCAUCGGGGACGGGGACACCUACGCGCUGGUGGAGCGCUCCAAGCUCUACUGCGGGCACUGCUAUUACCAGAUGGUGGUGACGCCGGUGAUCGAGCAGAUCCUGCCGGAUUCCCCGGCUUCCCGCAUCCCACACACCGUCACGCUCGUCUCCAUCCCCGCCUGCUCCGACGGAAAACGCGGCUUCUCCGUGUCCAUCGACCAGGGCUGUGGCACUGAGCACCCCCGCACCGUCCGUGUCCGAGAGGUGGACCCAGACUGCAUCAGCCCUGACAUGAAGAACUCCAUCCACGUGGGCGACCGCAUCCUGGAGAUCAAUGGCACCCCCAUCGGCCACGUCCCCCUGGACGAGAUCGACCUGCUGAUCCAGGAGACCAGCCGCCUGCUCCAGCUGACCAUCGAGCACGACCCCCACGAGCCCCUUGCCCGGGAGCCGGGGCUGGCCGGGAGCCCCCUGCCUGCCCCGUGCAGCCCCCUGCGCUCCCCGGCCCCCCCGGAGCCCGCGGCCAUGCGCCAGCGCGCUGUCACGAGGAGCUGCAGCACGGACAAGUCCCCUGGCUCGGGCUCCGUGGGCUCCCCCGCGUCCCAGCGCAAGGACAUCGGGCGCUCCGAGUCCCUGCGCGUCGUGUCCCGCGCCCACCGCAUCUUCCGCCCCUCCGACCUCAUCCACGGGGAGGUGCUGGGCAAGGGCUGCUUCGGCCAGGCCAUCAAGGUGACCCAUCGGGAGACGGGCGAGGUGAUGGUCAUGAAGGAGCUGAUCCGCUUCGACGAGGAGACACAGAGGACCUUCCUCAAAGAGGUGAAGGUGAUGCGCUGCCUGGAGCACCCCAACGUGCUCAAGUUCAUCGGGGUGCUGUACAAGGAGAAGAGGCUCAACUUCAUCACGGAGUACAUCAAGGGGGGCACCUUGAGGGGCCUCAUCAAGAGCAUGGACAGCCACUACCCCUGGAGCCAGCGGGUCAGCUUCGCCAAGGACAUCGCUGCCGGCAUGGCCUACCUCCACUCCAUGAACAUCAUCCACCGUGACCUCAACUCCCACAACUGCCUCGUGCGGGAGAACAAGAGUGUGGUGGUGGCUGACUUUGGGCUGGCGAGGCUGAUGGUGGACGAGAAGAACCAGCCCGAACAUCUCAAGAACCUGAAGAAACCGGACCGCAAGAAGCGAUACACAGUGGUGGGGAACCCCUACUGGAUGGCCCCCGAGAUGAUCAAUGGGAGGAGCUACGACGAGAAGGUGGACAUCUUCUCCUUUGGCAUCGUCCUGUGUGAGAUCAUCGGCCGGGUGAGCGCCGACCCCGAUUACCUGCCCCGCACCACCGACUUCGGCCUCAACGUCAGGGGCUUCCUGGAGCGCUACUGCCCCCCCGCCUGCCCCCCCAGCUUCUUCCCCAUCGCCGUCACCUGCUGCGACCUGGACCCCGAGAAGCGGCCGUCCUUCGCCAAGCUGGAGCAGUGGCUGGAGACCCUCCGCAUGCACCUGGAGAUCCACCUGCCGCUGAGCUCCCAACUGGAGCAGCUGGACCGAGCCUUCGGGGAGACGCACCGGCGGGGGGAGGGCGGGGUCCCUGCGCCCCCCCGAUAGACCCCCACCCACCCGCCCACCAACACCCCUCCGGAGCGGCGGGAGAAGGAGCUGCACCCGCCGCCAGCACCUCCUGGGGCUGCCCCCACCCCACCCCCGGGGCUGGACCCCCGGGGCUCCCUGGAUGCAUCCCCCCCCCCCCCCC